UCACCAGUUGGGCACACGCGAGGGCCGGGCGCGCGCAGGAGGCACGCGGGCGAAAAUCCUCAGAGGCGCUGCGGGCGGUGCCGAGACGCAGGCGCUGCUGCAGGAGCCGCGAUCCGCACCCGCUGCAGCGCCCGCCGCCAUCAGCGCCCCCCGCGGCCCCCGCGCACCGAGGGAGCUCCCCACCCCUCGCCUGCUGCAGCGGUGCGCGCCAUGGCCCCGCGCAAGAAUGCCAAGGGCGGCGGCGGCAACAGCAGCAGCAGCAGCAGCGGCGGCUCCAGCAGCCCGAGCAGCUCCACCAGCGGCGGCAGCAGCAGCCCCGGGGCCCGGAGAGAGGCAAAGCACGGAGGACAAAAGAAUGGGAAGAAAGGAGGACUUUCUGGGAGUUCCUUUUUCACGUGGUUUAUGGUCAUCGCAUUGCUGGGAGUGUGGACAUCAGUGGCUGUCGUCUGGUUUGAUCUGGUUGACUAUGAGGAAGUGUUAGCCAAAGCCAAGGACUUCCGUUAUAACUUAUCAGAGGUACUUCAAGGAAAACUAGGAAUCUACGAUGCUGAUGGUGAUGGAGAUUUUGAUGUGGAUGAUGCCAAAGUUUUAUUAGGCCUUAAAGAAAGAUCUGCUCCAAAGCCAACAGUCCCACCAGAAGAGGCCGAGCCGUACCCUUGGCUGGAGGACCAGGUUCUGGAGAGGCCAGGGCCUCAGAAUAUUGAAGAUGAAGUACAAGAACAAAUUCAGUCACUUCUCCAUGAAACAGUAUACACAGAACAUGGAGAGGACCUGCAGCAAGAACAGGAUGGACCAGCAGCAGAACUACAGCCAGAAGACGAUGUCUUUGUAGGAAGUGAUGCGGAUGAUGGAUUUGAGCCCACUGGAGCACUUCAUGAAGAAACCGAAGAUAGCUACCAUGUAGAAGAGACAGCUUCACCAGCCUACAAUCAGGAUAUGGAAGACGUGAUAUAUGAACAGGAAAAUCCAGAGUUGAGUGAACCAGCAGUAGAUGAUGAUGGACAAAUGUACCACACAGAUGACGUAACAUACCAAGACUAUGAUGAACAAGUGUAUGAGCCAUCAAAAAGUGAACGGAUAGAAAGUUCAGAUAAUGCUGUAGACGAUUCAAACAUAAUUCUAGAAGAAACGCAGGCGCCCCCUGCAGAGGAGCACCAGGAAGUACCACCAGAAACAAAUAGAAAAACAGAUGAUCCAGAAAAAAAAGAAAAAGCUAAGAAAAAGAAGCCUAAACUAUUGAAUAAAUUUGAUAAGACUAUUAAAGCUGAACUCGAUGCUGCAGAAAAACUCCGUAAAAGGGAAAAAAUUGAGGAAGCACUGAAUGCAUUUGAAGAACUUGUUCGCAGGUAUCCUCAGAGUCCAGGGGCGCGAUAUGGGAAGGCACAGUGUGAAGAUGAUCUGGCUGAGAAGAGAAGGAGCAACGAGAUUCUGCGCAGGGCCAUCGAGACCUACCAGGAGGUGGCCAGCCUGCCCGACGUCCCCGCAGACCUGGUGAAGCUGAGCCUGAAGCGGCGGUCAGACAGACAACAAUUUCUCGGACACAUGAGAGGUUCCCUGCUUACUCUACAGAAACUAGUUCAACUGUUUCCGGAUGAUACUGCUUUAAAGAAUGACCUCGGAGUUGGGUACCUCUUGAUGGGAGAUAAUGACAGUGCCAAGAAGGUUUAUGAAGAGGUUCUGAAUGUGACGCCCAAUGACGGUUUUGCUAAAGUGCAUUAUGGCUUUAUCCUCAAGGCGCAGAACAAGAUGGCGGAGAGCAUCCCCUACCUAAAGGAAGGAAUAGAAUCCGGGCAUCCUGGCACUGACGACGGGAGAUUCUAUUUCCACCUGGGGGAUGCCAUGCAAAGAGUUGGGAACAAAGAGGCAUAUAAGUGGUAUGAGCUUGGGCACAAGAGGGGCCACUUUGCAUCUGUCUGGCAGCGCUCACUCUACAACGUGCGUGGACUGAGAGCCCAGCCUUGGUGGACCCCGAACGAAACGGGCUACACGGAGUUAGUGAAGUCCUUAGAAAGAAACUGGAAGUUAAUCCGAGAUGAAGGCCUUGCAGUGAUGGAUAAAGCCCAGGGCCUCUUCCUGCCGGAAGAUGAGAACCUGAGGGAGAAGGGCGACUGGAGCCAGUUCACACUGUGGCAGCAAGGAAGAAAAAAUGAGAAUGCCUGUAAAGGAGCACCUAAAACCUGUUCUUUACUCGAUAAAUUCCCCGAGACAACAGGAUGCAGAAGGGGACAGAUCAAAUAUUCCGUCAUGCACCCAGGAACCCACGUGUGGCCGCACACGGGACCCACAAACUGCAGGCUCCGAAUGCACCUCGGCUUGGUGAUUCCCAAGGAAGGCUGCAAGAUCCGAUGUGCCAACGAGACCAGCCCACCCAGAAGAGCUGGAAUUGGGAUCCUGGCAAGAAAGGGAGAGUCAAGAGCAGAUGCAGGAGAUGCAAUGAAGUUUGACUCAGGGCAUGGGAAGAAGGCAAGGUACUCAUCUUUGACGACUCCUUUGAGCACGAGGUGUGGCAGGACGCCGCGUCUUUCCGGCUGAUCUUCAUCGUGGAUGUGUGGCACCCAGAGCUGACACCCCAGCAGAGACGCAGCCUUCCUGCGAUUUAACACGUCAUUGUGCAGGCUCAGGACAUGCAGACAGGUUGCCUUUCUGGUUCCAUCUCCUCGGGUGUGGGCACAGACGUUCGAACACCAAGGCCCUUAAUUCCCUUGAUUUGCAGCCUGAAAAGUUCUAAACCUCCUCCUAGGGUUGGAAGACACAAAAGGGAAUAUUUGCCUCACUGCAAUUCUUCUAGAAAACACCUGCCAUAUUUCAUCUGUGACAGCCCCAAUCUGAUGCCUAUAUUCAAGGUGAACACGUGAUAACGUAUCUACCUUGCCAGCCAAAGAUAUUUUUUUCCACUUAGAAUAAGUGAAAUCAGUGUAAAUGAGAGUAUAUGUAGAAACUGUGAAUGGAUUGCUUUAGCUUCUAAUUUUUCUAUGCAAGUGUAUUUUUCUAGGGUAGUGAGACAAUUCUAGCAUCACAUACCACUACUUCUUUGUUGAUUUUAACAACAAGCUGCAUAAAUGCUUUACUUCUUGCUGUUUAACCGUGAAUUCAGACUUCCCUCUUGUAAUUAUUUUUAGUAAAAGGCACUCAUAUGAAAAAGGCAAUUCUAUUUUCCAAAUACAAAGGAGAAAGACAUAAUUAUGCCAGUAUCUACGAACUGUUCCGCCCUCUCCCCUUUGAGUCUGUUUGCUUUUUUGUCUUCAUGGAGAGCUGGUCUCGUAAUUUCUCUCCUCACUCUAUGAAUGGUGGAGAUACUGUCAAAAUGGUAUUUCUUUCUAAGGAGAACUUCUUACACUGAAAAAGGACUUGGAAUCAUUUUAUAUUGAGUUAUAAAGAUGACAUAUGUAAAUAUUUCAAUGCCAAAUAUUAGGCAUUGGGAGCGAAAAAAAAGUAAAAGUUCUCCAAGUGAAGAUUUUCUCUUGGGAUCAGGUGGGCAGGGAGCUGUCUCUGAAACUGGGUUGGAAUCCAGAGUGUCCUCUGUUGCGGAUCUUUGUGAGUGACGAGGUCCUUCAGAGGAUUUCCAUCGCCAUUUUGUAAAAAUAUGAAGGAUGGUAGAGUGGAACACCAAGAUUGCCAGGACCUUUGUCCUGGGAGUAGGAGGUCAAAAUUGCUUUCCUCUUUGCAAUUGUUUGGAAGACUCUGACCUCUCCGUGGCUUGAGAAACUUCUGCCAUUUAAACCUCACUUUGAGAUGGCAACUAUCAUUGAUAGUUUAGCUUUAAUAUUACCCACAGCAUAGAAAUAACCAUUGCCUACUUGUUCCAAAGAUGAUCACGUCAUUAAUUUAGGAGAAUAUUAAUGCAUUAAAUUUUGUGUUUUUUAACUCAAAGCUAACUGGAAAUGUUAGCUGUAAGAAUGUAAUGAUAUUCAUGCACUGAAUUUUUAGCCAAUAUGAACAAAAUUGCUGAAGAAACGACACGCAGGUUAACCAGAUUUCUUCGCAGGUAGAAAAAGCACUUGUGUUUUCUUUCCCAUUGAAGGACAAGGAGGAAACUCUCUUUAUUUCAUUUAAAACACAGUUUUGUGUUGUUGUUUUUGUUGUUUUUUCAUUGAAGUGGACCCCUUUUGCUUGUCCUUCAGGACAUUAGUUUUGGUCAAAGAGUUUACAGAAUAUUUGUCUUGUUUCCUUCUAUCUUGCCAAUAUUGGAAAAAUCUCAUUAAAACAGAUGAGGAAGCAUAUGUGGAAAAAUAUCAGAAUUAAUUUCCAAAGUCCAGAAGAAAAAAGCAAACUCUUGAAAAGUAAAAAGGCAUUUAUGUCCUUCAGUAUUUAUUGAACAGAGGAAAUGACUGACAAAGGACAAUACAAUCCAGUGUUCAUGUGAUAACAUUCAUGUGACUUACUGAAUUUUGUUCUUGUAUGUAUGUUGCAUACAUAUGAAGAAAUUCAAAGUGUAUGUUGUCAUUGUUGAACCAUCAUCUUACAUUCAUUUAAUGAAAUCAUGGGAUAGAGUAAAAACUAGCUCUUAACUUCAUAAUUAUAUUAUGGUAUUUAAAAUCAGGUCACUCCAGUAGGAUUAUAAAUAUUGCCAAUUGAAAAGCCAGAAUUAUUACUGUUGCAAAAUGUUGGCAACAAUUGACUCCAGUCGCAUUUCAAAUACUUGGAUCCCACAAGUAUUUUAUAAACUCAAGUAAUAAAAUGGGUUUUCUAAUUCACUUUAAUUCUUCAUCUUUCUCUCCUAUGUAUCCUGGACUAUAAAAAAAGUGUUCCAGUCACUGCAUUGGUAGAAUUAUUUCAAUGUCACUAUUUUGUUAUUUGAAAUGUCUACACAAAAUGAAUUGGUUUUAUUUGUCCUGUGAUGCAAUUAAUUGUGAAAUAUUUUAAAUUCUAUUUUGAUUUUAUUUCAAGGGUGGAAAACAAAAGUCACUUCUGUUAUUGUUCUCUGUCAGUAGAAAUCGUUGAGAAAGAGAUGUAAUAAGUGAUUAUGAUUAGUAAUCAUAUCUGUUGAGGGUGAUCACGGCCAGUCGAAUCACCUCUUUCCUUUGAAUUUUUUAGCUAACAAAUUAACCCUCCCAAAUACUGCUCAUUAUCAACUAAAAUACUUUUUAUUUGACAUUGAGUACCAACUGGUCAUAUUAAUGAAGACCCCUGUCGUGCAGACAGCUGGGAGAGUUAAGAGGUCACUAAAAACAUACAGCUGGUUUGGGGAGACAUGGCACACGUAAGGAUAUCAUGUCCGAUGCUACCUGUUCAUUUUUAUCUAAUUUCCUUUGAAUUGAUAGUUGGGGACCCCAUUUCUAAGGAUAACAAAGAAAUAAAAUGAUCUUUGGCAUUUCA